UGGGCUACUCUGUGCAGCGCUGAGGGAAAAUAAUAAAAAAUGGCCAAAGGUGAUCCUAAGAAGCCGAGAGGGAAAAUGUCUUCAUAUGCCUUCUUUGUGCAAACCUACCAGGAGGAACACAAGAAGAAGCACCCAGAUGUUUCUGGGAACUCAGAGUUCUCUAAAAAAUGCUCAGAAAGAUGGACGACAAUGUCAGCUAAAGAGAAAGGAAAAUUUGAGGACAUGGCAAAAGCUGAUCAGGUUCAUUAUGAAAAAGAAAUGAAAACCUACAUACCACCUAAAGGAGAAACAAAAAAGAAGUUUAAGGAUCCCAAUGCACCAAAGAGGCCUUCUUUGGCAUUUUUCUUAUUCUGUACUGAGUAUUGUCCAAAAAUCAAAGGGGAGCAUCCUGUUCUUUCUAUUGGAGACGUGGCCAAAAAACUGGGAGAAAUGUGGAAUGAUAUUGCUGCAGAUGACAAACAACCUUAUGAAAAGAAGGCAGCUAAGCUGAAGGAAAAGUAUGAAAAGGAUAUUGCUGCAUACUGGACUAAAGGAAAACCUGAUGUGGGUACAAAGGGAGGAGUUGUCAAAGCUGAGAAGAGCAAGAAAAAGAAGGAGGAGGAAGAAGAUGAGGAAGAUGAAUUAGACGAGGAGAAGGAUGAAGAUGAUGAUGACGAUGAAUAA